GUGCACGCCCGGUGCGCGUUCACGUCGACCAUCUGAUUGCGUGUUGAUGAAGAGGAAGAGGAGUGCUUGAAGGUACGAAAGCUCGAAGAACAUGAUGAUGAUGAUGAUGGCGCCUUAACUUGGACGUUUCAUCUUUUUCGCACCUUCGCUUUCGUGACGUCAUCACCACUUUGUAUGCUGUGACGACUUAGUGACGUCAUGUGGACGCCGACUGACGACGAGAGGCUUGGAGUGGCGAUCUUCACCUUCCGGAGUUGCGUCCCUCAGACGCUAACGUUGGAGCUCGGUGAGACCGUUCACAUUGUGGAGAAAUGCGACGGAUGGUUUCGAGGAUUCUCUAGCAGGAGGUCAAAUAUCAAAGGAAUUUUCCCGUGCAGCUACAUUCAUCUGAAGAAAUGCACCGUCACCACUAAAGGGCCUGACAAGGUCGUGGUGCCCGUUGAAGACGGCGUCGUUACUGAGGUGACGUCCACGCUUCGGGAAUGGGCGUCGCUGUGGAAACAACUCUACGUGAGACAUAAGGUGGAUUUGUUCUUCAAAGUGGCUCACGUGAUGUCAGAGCUGAUGGAACUCAGGAAGCAGCUGACGGCAGCGUCUCAGCUGACGCAACAGCAGAAACGAGACGUCAAAAGACACGUGACCGCCAGACUGGACUGGGGAAACGAACAUUUGGGUUUGGACUUGGUGCCAAGAAAAGAGUUUGAGAUGGUGGAUGAAGAUCAAAUCAGUGUUUCCGAUCUUUACAAGAUGCAUCUCAGCAGCAGAAACAACGUUCAACAGAACUCACAGACUAACUUAAACCCUAACCAGAAGAACGGUGGCGGCGACCCGUGCAGAGUGCCAGUAGCACAUCACCUACUUGUCAACUUGAAGAGUUUCACCUACAACAACAUCGGUGAGGACAGCGACAUCUUCUUCUGGCUCUACGACUCGAGGGAGGGAAAAAGCAUCAGUGAAAAGUUCCUGGUUAGACUCAACAAAAACGGAGGGGUGAAGAAUCCAGAGAAAUUGGACAGGCUGUGCGCUCUUUUUACGGAUUUGAGCAACAAAGAUAUGAAGCGAGAUCUGUACAUCGUCUCACAGGUGAUUCGCACAGGGAGAAUGUUGCUGAACGAUCACAAAAAAGGUCCACCGCACGUUCGAUACCGACGCCCUUACGGCUGCGCUGUUCUCGCCAUGAGCGAUGUCCUGCAAACCAUCUCCGAACUUAAAGAGGAGAAAGACUUUGUCCUCAAAGUCUACAUGUGUAACAACGAGAGUGAAUGGUACCAGAUCCACGAGAACAUCAUCCGCAAGUCCAGUACCAAAUACUCAGCGCCUGGAAACAACUACGGUCUCAUCAUUUCGUUGCAGCUGUUGCGCGGCGACUUGGAGGAGCUCCGUCGUGAAAACAAAUGGAUGUUAAGUGGAGCCGUGGCCAUGACGCGCAAGCUCGGCUUCCCUGACGUCAUCGUGCCCGGUGACAUGCGAAACGACUUGUACUUGACACUGGAGCGAGGAGACUUUGAGAGAGGAGGAAAAAGCGUUCCGAAGAACAUCGAAGUUGGCAUCUCCGUGCUCUACGCUGACGGAGAACUUGUACAGGACUGCAUCAAUCUGGGUUGCGGCGAGCCCAACGUGGCAGAGCAUCGCUCCUUUGUGCUCUACCACAACAACAGCCCCCGAUGGAGCGAGGCCAUCAAACUUCCCAUUCCCAUCGACCAAUUCCGAGGCUCCCAUCUUCGCUUCGAGUUCCGACAUUGUUCCACCAAGGACAAAGGAGACAAAAAACUCUUCGGUUUUUCUUUCACCCCACUGAUGAGGGACGACGGGACCACACUGUCCGAUCAGAGCCACGAACUGUUCGUUUACAAGUGUAAUGAGAACACCACUUUCUGUAACCCCAGCCUCUAUCUGGCCCUGCCCUGCUGCAAAGACCACUUGAACCUGGGGGUUCCCGGCGUGGCCUUUCAGCGCAGCAUGAGGGAAAUUUUCUGGAUCUCCACCCAGCUUUCGUCCACCAAGCUCACCCAGAAUGUGGACCUUCUGGCUCUGCUCAAGUGGAAAGCUCAUACCGACCGAGUCGGCGACAUCCUCGGUCGUCUGCGACAUGUCAGCGGAGAGGAAGUCGUCAAGUUUCUUCAAGACAUUCUGGACACAUUGUUUUCCAUUCUCGAUGACAACCCAGACAAAUAUGGCCCUCUGGUCUUUCAGUCUCUGGUUUUCGUCAUCAAUUUGCUGAGGGACAGCAAAUAUUUCCACUUCCGAGCCGUCAUGGACACGUACAUUCACAAACACUUUGCUGGGGCUUUGGCCUACAAGGAGCUGAUCCGAUGUCUCAGGUGGUCCGUGGAGCGUUCGGCCGAGGCGACGCGACAAGAUCACAUCCAGGACGUAAUGCGGGCUCUGGAGUAUCUGUUCAAGUUCAUCGUUCAGUCUCGGAGUCUUUACUCUCGCGCCACCUGUGGGAUGGAGGAGGAACAGUUUCGGAGCAGCAUCCAAGAACUCUUUCAGUCCAUCCGCUUUGUUCUCAGUCUGGACCGGCCCACCUGUGAGACCCUCAUCUUCACUCAGCCCAUUCAAGGCCCGAGUCAGACCGGGCCCCCCGCCCCAGGCCUGGUUGCUUACAGUGCUCAGGUGUUGAGCUCCAACACCCUGCAGAUGCCGCCUCUGUCAGUCGCUGUGUUGAACUCUUUUCCAGCCAUCUUUGAUGAGCUGCUGCACAUGUUUUCAGUCCAAGAAGUGGCAGAAUUUGUGCGCGGCACUUUGGCUAGUUUGCCAUCCAUGCUUCACAUUCCGGGACAUUCCAUGGAUGCCGUCAAACUGCAGUCCAUAGCUCGCACCGUUGACAGCAGGCUCUUCUCUUUUCCAGAGUCUCGAAGGAUCAUACUUCCUGUGGUUCUUCAUCACAUUCAUCUUCAUCUGAGGCAUCAGAAAGAGCUGUUAAUGUGCUCUGGAGUUCUCACCUCUCUUUUCUCGAUCAUCAAGACCAGCUCGCUGGAUGCAUCGGUGCAGGAGGAGGUGGAGAUGAUGGUGGAGUCUGUGCUGGAGGUCCUCCUGCAGACCCUGCUAUCAAUCAUGAGCAAGAGCCAAUCACAGGAGGCGGUAAGAGGUCAUCGCUGUCCGCAGUGCACCGCCGAGAUCUCUGGAGAAUUUGUGUCCUGCCUUCUGUCCCUCCUCCGUCACAUGACUGACGUCCACUUCCAGCACCUGAUGGAGAACUUUCAGAGCAAAGAAGUGCUCAAGGAAUUCAUGAUGAAGAUUUGGUGCGUGUUCCGAAACCUCAUGAAGCUGAGUAUUUUCCCACGGGACUGGAACGUGAUGAGGCUCCUGACGAGCCGGAUCAUCCUGUCCACCGUGCAGCGUCUGGCACCGUUUCAGCUCAAGAACUUCGUGGGAGCUGACUUUGACUUCAAGGUGUGGAGCUCCUACUUCAGUCUAGCAGUUUUAUACAUCAACCAGCCCAGUUUGCAAUUGGAAAACAUGAGUCCAUCAAAAAGGAAGAAGAUAUUUGACAAGUAUGGAGACAUGAGGGUGAUGAUGACGUACGAACUCUUCAGCAUGUGGCAGAACCUGAGUGAAAGCAAAAUUCAUUUUAUUCCCGGGAUGAUUGGUCCAUUUUUGGGAGUCACGUUGGUCCCUCAGGUGGAGGUCCGAAAUAUCAUGAUACCGAUCUUCCAUGACAUGAUGGACUGGGAGCAACGCAAAAAUGGCAACUUCAAACAGGUGGAGGCCGAGCUGAUUGAUAAGCUGGACAGUCUGUUUUCAGAAGGCAAAGGCGACGAGAACUACCGAGAACUCUUCAGUCUGCUAACUCAGCUGUUUGGGCCCUAUCCCAGUCUGUUGGAGAAGAUCGAGCAGGAAACGUGGAGAGAGACGGGCAUCUCCUUCGUUACUUCAGUCACUCGACUCAUGGAACGUCUUCUGGACUACAGGGAUUGCAUAAAAGGAGAUGAGCUCGAGAACAAGAAGAUCGGUUGCACGGUCAAUCUCUUGAACUUCUACAAAUCUGAGAUCAACAAGGAGGAGAUGUACGUCCGCUACAUCCACAAACUCUGCGACAUGCAUCUGCAGGCAGACAACUACACUGAGGCGGCUUUCACGCUCUUGUUGUACUGGGAGUUGCUGCACUGGGACGAGCGGCCAAUAAAAGAUCUUCUGCAUUAUCCCGCUCAGUCCGAGUGGCACCGCAAGGAGGUGCUCUGCCGAAAGCUCAUCCACUAUUUCAACAAAGGAAAGUGUUGGGAGUUUGCGAUUCCUCUGUGCAGAGAACUGGCCUUCCAGUAUGAAUCCAUGUACGACUACCAGAGUCUCAGCUGGAUUCGAAAAUUGGAGGCAGCAUAUUUUGAUCACAUCAUGGAGCAUCAACGUCUGGAACCGGAAUUCUUCAGGGUGGGAUUCUACGGCAGGAAGUUCCCCUUCUUCCUCAGGAACAAAGAGUUUGUGUGCCGUGGUCAUGACUAUGAAAGACUUGAGGCCUUUCAGCAAAGGAUGCUGGGAGAAUUUCCACAAGCCAUCGCCAUGCAGCACCCAAACCAGCCUGAUGAAGCCAUUCUGCAGUGUGAUGCUCAGUACAUCCAGAUUUAUGCCGUUACUCCGGUUCCUGAAGCUGUCACUAUCCUACAGUUGGACCAAGUCCCUGAGCAGAUCAAAAGUUUUUACCGGUUCAACAACGUUCGCCGUUUCCGUUACGACCGACCUUUCCAUAAAGGACCCAAAGAUCGAGAUAAUGAGUUCAAGAGUCUUUGGAUUGAGAGGACAACUCUGAUUCUUGCUCAUCCUCUGCCUGGAAUUUCACGCUGGUUUGAAGUGGAGAAGAGAGAGCUGGUGGAGGCGAGUCCGUUAGACAAUGCCAUCAGUGUGGUGGAGAACAAGAACCAGGAGCUGCGCACUUUGAUCACUUGCUAUCAGCUUAAGCCUCCGCACAACAACAACGUCAACCUUCUCAGCAUGACGCUCAACGGAGUUGUCGACGCCGCCGUCAACGGCGGCAUCACCAGAUACCAGGAGGCUUUCUUUGACAAAGAUUACAUCAGCACACACCCUCAGGACAGUGACAAGAUCACACAGCUGAAACAUUUGAUGCAGGAGCAGGUUCACACUCUUGGAAGUGGCCUGGCGGUGCACGACAAGCUGGUGCAUCCUGAAAUGCGUCCGCUGCACAAGAAGCUGAUGGAUCAGUUCCACGUGAUGAAGAGCAGCCUGAGCCAUGGUCCGAGUGCAGGGUCCGACCAACCGAACCCCACCAGAGGGAUUGUGAGUCCCGAGGGCUUCAAAGUGCAUCGACACAGUGAGGUGGAAAAUGUUGGAAACUUGCUCAUCCUGGCUGACAACAAAGACUUCUACGGCAUUCAGGCAAACCACUGCUCCUCCAGCCUUAGCUCCACCCACUCCGCAUCCUCUCACUUAAUCAACUCAUCUCUGUGGACGCACAAAGAAAAAAGCAGAAACAACAGAGAAAUGUUGAUGCUCUUGCCGCCGCCGCGGGAGCGUCCGAACAGCAUCCUGUACCAAAACUUCAGCGAGAGCGGACAGAGAGCAUUUCUGCAUCAGAUGAUCAGUCCAGCUUGUAAACCCAGCAGCGACCCCAACCUGUCAUUCACGGAAAAAGUUGUGAGCACGCCCAGUAGUUGGAGUUUAGACAGCGGUACCAGAGACGUCGUCACCGUUCUGCCUGCUCACAUUGCUAGCAUCAGGGCGCCUCCCGUUCCGCCCAGAGGUGCGCCACCACAUGGUCAAUACCUGUCGAUGUACUAUGGCGCUUUCCACCACCAACUCAGGGACCUCCCUUGUGCUCUCCCUGUGCGCUCCCUAAGAAAGUCUCGCCUGCAAUGUUCACUUGCCUUGCCCACCAGCCCGGUGUCCAUCCCGGAUCACACUAACUCCGCUCUGUCAGACGGCAACAGUACCUCAGGGGUCUUGACUCGAAGCGAAAGUAACUCCACUGACACCUCUGAGUUAGCUGGCAGCCAGGCUGAGCAGGGGGACCACUGGGGUGACCCCCUCUCACCUUACUGGCUCAUCGGCUACAACGUCUCAAAUCUACGUCCGAGCCCCUCCGCGCCUCACUUUCACGGGUUCGGCAGCCACGGAGAAGGAUCGCCGCCGUGCUGCCAAUAUCUCCACUACAUCCCCACCCACUCGCCUCUCGACCGGCCCAGUGAACCUCCUCCCACUCUGCCACGCAAACCUUACUUCAGAGAGGGGGGGUCUCCCUAAUGAACUGCAUUCUGUACCUGCACUCGUGCCAUGCAACAAGUCACAGUCCCUCUUUGGUGCCACCAAUCAGGACCAAGGCAGAGUGGCAUGGGCACAUGGCAUCACUCAGGAGUGACAACCGGCCAGAGGGGCGUGGGCACAUGACAUCACUCAGGAUUGACCUGCUCACAUGUGAAAAGUGACCACACUACACGAACAGCUCUGGCCAACAGAGGCCACACCACUCACCACAUUACAUAAUUAAAAAAAAAAGAAUAAGAAUGCUUUAAAGUACAUGUAUAUCUAUUUAUAGAUGAGCAGGAUAAAUGGCGAUGGCGCAGGAACCCAGAACACAAUGCGGAGCAAAAUCAGACACUUAACACACAGACUGUUGUACAUGUUCAGUAGCGCCUCUUCAGCACGGGAGAUAGCAUGUCGGGGCGCCCUUCUGCGCUCAGCUCAGAGAUGAAUGCAGCUCGAUUCACGUAUGGCAACCGUCCCACCGUGGGACCGGCGUCUGUAAUAGCUCGCCGUGUAAAAAACUCAAUCAGCCACCACUGCUGACCACCAAUGAAGGAGGUAGACUUGCAUCACCAAGUGUCACAUUUUUGCCUUUGGGCACAAACCAAUUUUUAUCUCUUCCUUCUAAUAAACAUUACAAUGCAA